UGUUACUUCACGCAAGUAGUAGUAGUAUAAAGCACAUUACCCUACUUUGCCCCACAUGAAUGUUUAAAUCGUAUUCGACUUUUUUCAGAACUAACUCAACACUAGUAAUCGCAAAUAUACCGAGCCUAUCAAACAUUCUCCAAAAACACAGAAAUUUUCGUUUAUUUUAAAGAAACAGAUUCCAUGUAUAGAGUGAAGUAACAUGAAUGUCCGACAAAAAAAUUAUCGAAGUGAAUAUUCGACCGACGAACAAAAUUGCAUUGAACACAAUUUUCAACGAUUGAAAGACAUUCACUAUCUCGAUCAUGCAGGAGCUGCUCAAUAUGCUGACCAGCAAAUGCAUCAAAUUUAUUCAAACUUGAUCUCAAACAUUCACUGCAAUCCCCAUACCAGUAAAUUCACUGGAGAUCUGAUCGAUCAAGUGCGAUAUAAAAUUUUAAAAUCAUUUAAUACAACUUCCGAUGAAUAUUCGAUCAUUUUCACAAGUGGAGCGACAGCUUCAUUGAAAUUAGUAGCCGAAACAUUUUGGUUUGAUAAUGCAUCUACUAGUUCGUUUUUAUAUUUACGUGAUAAUCAUACAUCGGUACUGGGAAUGCGUGAAAUUGUAAAAACAAAAAAUAUCUGCUAUAUUGAACGAGAUGAUUUUUUGUGUGGAAAAUUCCACAAUUCAUCACAACACAACGGCAAUUCUUUGUUUGUUUUUCCGGCACAGUGUAAUUUCAAUGGCUUUAAAUAUCCAUUGGAUGCAAUUCAUCGCUUCCAAACAAACAGUGGAAGCACAUCAAUCGAAGAAUCAAAUCGAUAUGUUUGCUUGGAUGCAGCUGCUUUUGUUUCAACCAACUAUUUAGAUUUGAACAAAUGGCAACCGGAUUUUGUUUGCAUUUCUUUUUAUAAAAUUUUCGGGUAUCCAACCGGUUUGGGCGCAUUGAUUGUCAGCAAAAGAGGUGAACAAAUGCUGAAUAAACAAUAUUACGGUGGUGGAACAGUUAAAAUUAGCUUGAGUAACGGAUCGGGAUGGCAUCGUAAGCGGGAUAUGAUUCAUGAGAGGUUUGAAGAUGGAACUCUACCAUAUUUAUCGAUUGUUUCGCUUCUGUUUGGAUUCGAAACAAUUGAAAAAUUAAUACCCGGACAAUCAAUGAAACGAAUCUCACAGCACAGCUUUAAUUUGGCUAAAUAUCUUUACGAAUGUCUAAACGAAUUAAGAUAUUCCAAUGGGCGGAAUGUCAUUCAUUUUUACCACGAUACCGAUUUUAAGUCUAUCGACAAUCAAGGUGGUAUCGUUAAUUUUAAUGUUUUACAUGAGGAUGGGCGAUUUGUUGGAUUCUCACAGGUGGCGUACAUGGCACAGUUGCACAACAUAUACUUGAGAACGGGCUGUUUUUGUAAUCCAGGUGCAUGUCAACGUAAACUUAGAUUGUCUGACGAAAGUUUGAAAGCUCAUUUUGAGGCUGGUCAUAUUUGUGGUGAUAACAAUGACUUGAUCGAUGGUAUCCCGACUGGUUCAGUUCGAAUUUCGACGGGAUAUAUGACAACGGUCAAAAAUAUUGAUGCCAUUGUCAGCCUCAUUAAAGAUUGUUUCUGCAACAAAGAGCGUGGAAAAAAUUUGGAAUCCGUUUCAAAAUCAAUUUCUUUUCAAAAUUUCGAUUUACAACUCAAACAAAUCAUGUCCAAUGAAACGAGUAAAAAUCAAUUCAAGUUAACAAACAAUAAUAAUAUCAAGCCGAAAAUACAGAAACGAAAGAGUUUAACGAAUGCGAUAAAAUUGCAUGAGAUCUGUGUUUAUCCAAUAAAAUCAUGUGCGCCGAUUCGUGUUGAUAGUACGUGGAUGAUAAAUCGACGUGGCUUAAAAUAUGAUCGAGAAUGGAUGAUUGUGCGCUCAACCGGUAUCGCACUGACACAAAAAUCAGAUACAAAAUUGUGCUUGAUUCAACCGACAAUUAAUGAAUCUAAAAAUACGCUUUCAUUAAGUUUUCCAUAUGCCAAAACAGUUGAAAUUCCAUUGCGCCGAGAUGUGAAUGACAAUCGAGUUAUAUCAUCAUUUUGCCAAAGUAAAGUGUGUGCUGAUCGAAUAGAUGGUAUCGAUUGCGGCGAAGAAGUAGCCAAAUGGUUAGACGAUGUUCUAUGUAUUUCUGGGCUGAGAUUGAUUCAACAAAACCUGAACGAUAAACGCAUGGCUAAAAAUAGUGUAUCAACUGAACAAGCCAUAUCGCUGUCAAAUCAAGCACAAUUCCUAUUGAUAAACGUUGCUUCGGUUGACUGGUUGACGAAAAAAGUCGACGAUUGGAUUGAAUUAGACAAUGUGCCUGAAAAAUUGCUUCAAAAUACAGUUGACCGUUUCAGGGCGAAUCUGAUAAUCGAAUCACCAUUGCCAUUGGAAGAGUUCGAAUGGAAAUCCAUAAGAAUUGGCAGUAUAAAAUUAACGACGACUGGUCCAUGUAUGCGCUGUCAAAUGAUUUGCAUCGAUCAAAGUACCGGAGAAAAAACAACGGAACCACUGCAAACUAUCGCACGAGAAUUCAACGGCAAAAUGCGUUUCGGAAUUUAUUUGUGUGGCGAACAAUUGAGUGAUGACGAUGAGAGAGUUAUUUCAUGUGAUGAUUAUAUAGAAAUAAACAAAUAAACAAAAUUUCAGGGAUGAUCACAAGAAAAAAAUUAAAAAAAUGGAUAUUAAUCAAUAAGUAAUGAUUUACCUUCGGCCGCUAAUUUCACAUUUUUCACAACAUCGCCAUAAUCUGGAAAUGCCAAACCAGCCAGUUUUGAAUGCACCAAUUCACUAUUAAUUUUUACCUCAAACGAACCUGAAUUGAGAUGAAUGUUGGUAAUUUUUUUCUUCACAGAAAGCAUAUAUAUUUGUAUGAAUGUAUUCAAACCUCGUCGGCCUGUGUGACACACAACAUCUGCUUUUGGGCACAUUUCUCGAAUGAUUUUGCCCAAUUCCUCACAUUGUGGCUUUGAAUUACAAAUCUCGCUAUGAAAUACA